AUGGAUCUCGACAUUGAAAUGGACGAUGCCGUCGAAACGGGCCAGGACCUGCCCGUUGUUGAUCUCGGUCGCGAUGAUAUUCUGCAGCACGAUGAGCUUGAAGAGCCCGGCGAGGUGGCCGAGGACGAGCCUGUGACAGACGACUCCAAGACUCUCGUUCCAACCAAAAUUCAUAUCAAGGGUGUCGAUUCUCUACACACAUCUGACAUCAAGGCUUACGUCAAGUCUCACUUCGGCGACGUGGACAGAGUCGAAUGGAUCGACGAUUCUUCUGCCAACCUUCUCUUCCCAUCCGAACCCACAGCUCGCGAUGCCAUUGUUGCACUGAGCUCUGUCCCAGUAGCAGACGCUACAGCAUUAGCUAUAGGCGAAACACUACCCGCGAAGCCUUUCGACGCAAAGCCAGAAAUCUCUCUUCAAGUGCGAUUUGCUGUCUCGAGUGAUAGGAAAGAGCAGGGUGCUGCCCUGAGGAGUCGCUACUACCUCCUUCAUCCUGAACACGACCCCGAAGAACGACGACGGAAGAACCAGGAGAACCGGUCGAGAUACAGGGAACGUGAUGGGGGAUACCGUGGAGACGGUGGCCGACGACGACGCGCUUCAGACGACGACAUCGAGACCUUCGAAGCUAGCAUGUACGACGAUGCGCCCCGCCCCGCACGAAGACGUGACUCCGACAUAGAGGAAAGACCACGUUCGUAUACCCGCCAGAAUGAGGGCAAGGAACUCUUUGUCGGUCGCAAGAAACAGCGCGACCGAUCUGCGUCUCCUAGGCGCGAUCGCGACGGCGACGACUUGAUGGACAGAAGAGCAAGCUCAUCCGGAAACAGAGUGAAGGCUCGCGACCUUAGGGAUCGCAUAUCAACUGGAAACAAAUCCAAGGAAUUAUUCCCUACCAAGAAGUCUAUCAAGCAGUUUGGCGGAGGAAAUCUGGAUACCCUAGAGCAGGCGAUAGGAUCAGCCCGCCUUAAGGAUGAGGAUCGGCCCAAGAUCGUGUCUGCGCCUGGCGCACGAGGAGAUGGUAGCUCGUUCAACAUCCGUGGCAUGGCGAACCAGCAAGGAAACGGAGAAGGGUUUGCGAUCAAAGGUGCAGCGGGUGCUAAUGCGCGAGAAUUGUUCCCUACUAAAUUGGGUGGAAACAACGCUGGCAAGGAAUUGUUUGGUGGUGGAAGAUCAAAGCAACGCCAGAAGGCCGAGGAUCUAUUCUCUUGA